CUAAGGCACGUUCCAUUUGAGAUUUACGUUAGAGAGAAAGCAGGUAAUCGACGCGUAGUUUCAUUGAAUUCACAUGGUUUAUUUGAUUUUGAACAAUUGAGAGUGAAAAAAGAGGAUGAGGAUUGGGAGGAAAGGUUUAGAGGGCAUACUGAUACCAGGCCAUACGGUCCACAGUCGAUUAGUUUCGAUGUUUCCUUUUACGGGUCUGAUUUUGUCUAUGGAAUACCGGAACAUGCAACUAGUUUUGCUCUUAAACCCACUAGGGGACCUGGGGUUGAUGAAUCUGAGCCUUAUAGAUUGUUUAACUUGGAUGUUUUUGAGUAUGUUCAUGAUUCGCCCUUUGGGAUUUAUGGUUCCAUUCCAUUCAUGGUAUCGCACGGGAAGUCUGGAAAAAGUUCUGGGUUUUUCUGGUUGAAUGCUGCAGAGAUGCAGAUUGAUGUAUUGGCAAAUGGUUGGGAUGCAGAAGAUGGGCUUUUGAUGCCCACUUUGCAGAGUCGGAUUGAUACCUUUUGGAUGAGUGAGGCUGGGAUUGUAGAUACCUUCUUUUUUGUUGGGCCAGGGCCAAAGGAUGUUGUCAGGCAAUACACGAGUGUGACAGGUCUGCCAUCCAUGCCACAGCUGUUUGCUACAGCAUAUCAUCAAUGUAGGUGGAAUUACCGGGAUGAAGAGGAUGUAGAGAAUGUGGAUUCCAAGUUUGAUGAGCAUGAUAUUCCAUAUGAUGUUUUAUGGCUUGAUAUUGAGCAUACUGAUGGCAAGAGGUAUUUUACAUGGGAUAAGUUGCUGUUCCCACAUCCAGACGAGAUGCAAAAGAAGUUGGCGGCCAAAGGUAGGCAUAUGGUGACAAUUGUGGAUCCACAUAUUAAGCGUGAUGAGUCAUUUCAGUUGCACAAGGAUGCAACUCAGAGGGGGUAUUAUGUUAAGGAUGCAAGUGGGAAGGAUUAUGAUGGGUGGUGUUGGCCAGGUUCCUCCUCGUACCCAGAUAUGUUGAAUCCAGAGAUUAGAUCAUGGUGGGGUGGGAAGUUUUCUUAUGAAAAUUAUGUUGGUUCAACUCCUUCAUUGUACAUUUGGAAUGACAUGAAUGAGCCUUCUGUCUUUAAUGGACCAGAGGUGACAAUGCCCAGAGAUGCGUUGCAUGCUGGGGGAGUGGAACAUCGGGAGUUACAUAAUGCCUAUGGCUAUUACUUCCACAUGGCAACAGCUGACGGGCUUGUAAAGCGUGGGGAUGGUAAGGACAGACCUUUUGUUUUGUCCAGAGCAUUCUUUGCUGGAAGUCAAAGGUAUGGAGCAGUGUGGACUGGUGAUAAUACAGCAGAUUGGGAUCAGCUCAGGGUUUCAGUCCCAAUGAUUUUGGCGCUUGGUCUUACUGGAAUGUCAUUCUCUGGUGCUGAUGUUGGUGGAUUUUUUGGCAAUCCUGAGCCUGAGCUAUUAGUGCGCUGGUAUCAACUUGGUGCUUACUAUCCUUUCUUUAGAGGUCAUGCCCAUCAUGACACAAAAAGACGAGAGCCUUGGUUGUUUGGUGAACGAAAUACAGAACUUAUGAGAGAUGCCAUACGUGUUCGUUAUACAUUGCUUCCAUACUUUUACUCAUUAUUCAGAGAAGCAAAUGUUACUGGUGUUCCUGUUGUACGUCCAUUAUGGAUGGAGUUCCCAUCUGAUGAAGCAACAUUCAGUAACGAUGAAGCUUUCAUGGUUGGAAACAGUCUAUUGGUGCAAGGGAUCUUUAGUGAGAGGGCUAAACAUGCAUCUGUAUAUUUGCCUGGGAUGGAAUUGUGGUAUGACAUUAGAACUGGAACUGCAUAUAAGGGGGGAAAGAUCCAUAAGCUUGAAGUUUCAGAAGAAAGCAUUCCUGCUUUCCAAAGAGCUGGCACUAUUUUACCAAGAAAAGACCGGUUCCGUAGAAGCUCCACUCAAAUGGUGCAUGAUCCUUAUACACUGGUGAUAACUCUGAACAGUUCCCAAGCAGCUGAAGGGGAACUCUAUCUUGAUGAUGGAAAAAGCUUUGACUCCAAGCAUGGGGCUUACAUUCAUCGCCGCUUUGUGUUCUCGAAUGGGCAGCUUACAUCUUCAAAUAUGGCAUCCUCUUCCCUUGGCAGGUCUGGAUUUUCUUCUGACUGCAUUAUUGAGCGGAUUAUUCUUCUCGGACAUACUCCUGGGCCAAAAAGUGCUCUUGUUGAACCAGGAAAUGAGAAUGCAGAAAUUGAACUUGGUCCACUCCGGCUAGGGGGACAUGGUGCAGCUGCAGUAACCAUCCGUAAGCCUGGUGUCGGGGUAGCUGAAGAUUGGACAAUAAAAAUUUUGUAGGAUAUCUAGGUUCAAGAAUUUCUAAUGUUAAGAAAGGAAAGUUCUCCUUGUAAUUGUUAUUCUUGAGUUCAGGUAUAGUGGACAAAACUCACAAGAAAAAUACAUAUCCACGUGCAAUUUACUGGUACACAGCGCUAUGCAAAGAACUAUGGUUUCGGCAA